AGAAAAUGAAAGUAAGGACAAAAAUGUAAUAAGUACUAAUAAUGGGGUCCAAAAUAAUAUCCGAGAAUUUAAAUACCAUAAAUACAACCCUCCCUCUUCCCUCACAGCCUUCUUCACCUACUCCAGUCACCAGCCCAUCUCCCUCCUUCGACGAUCUGCGUCUCUUGCCGGAUAAACUUCUCUCGCAGCAGAUCUCAUCGAUUGAAGCCGUCUCUCUAAGAAAUCAUGGCAUUCGAGAAGAUCAAGGUGGCAAAUCCCAUCGUCGAGAUGGAUGGUGAUGAAAUGACCAGAGUUAUCUGGAAGUCCAUCAAGGAUAAGCUUAUUACCCCUUUCGUAGAGUUGGAUAUCAAGUACUUCGACCUUGGUCUUCCUCACCGUGAUGCUACGGAUGACAAAGUUACCGUCGAAAGUGCUGAAGCCACUAAGAAGUAUAAUGUGGCGAUCAAGUGUGCCACCAUCACUCCAGAUGAAGGCCGUGUCACGGAAUUUGGCUUGAAGCAGAUGUGGAGAAGUCCAAAUGGGACCAUCAGGAACAUUUUGAAUGGAACUGUAUUUAGAGAACCAAUUAUCUGCAAAAAUGUUCCCAAGCUUGUACCAGGCUGGACAAUGCCUAUCUGUAUUGGAAGGCAUGCUUUUGGUGAUCAGUACCGUGCUACUGAUGCUGUGAUUAAGGGACCAGGAAAACUAACUUUGGUUUUUGAGGGAAAAGAUGGGAAAACUGAAACUGAAGUCUUUACAUUUACCGGUGAAGGCGGUGUUGCUAUGGCCAUGUACAACACUGAUGAGUCCAUCCGUGCUUUUGCUGAGGCAUCGAUGAACACUGCUUACGAGAAAAAGUGGCCACUUUAUCUCAGCACAAAGAACACCAUUCUCAAGAAAUACGACGGCAGAUUCAAAGACAUCUUCCAAGAAGUCUAUGAAGCUAGCUGGAAGUCAAAGUAUGAAGCUGCUGGAAUCUGGUAUGAGCACCGUCUCAUUGAUGAUAUGGUUGCAUACGCUCUCAAGAGCGAGGGAGGCUAUGUGUGGGCUUGCAAAAACUAUGAUGGUGAUGUCCAAAGUGAUUUCUUGGCACAAGGAUUCGGGUCACUUGGAUUGAUGACAUCUGUUUUGGUUUGUCCCGAUGGGAAGACGAUUGAAGCCGAAGCAGCACAUGGAACUGUCACGCGUCACUACAGGGUUCACCAGAAAGGUGGAGAGACGAGCACAAACAGCAUAGCUUCCAUCUUCGCUUGGACUCGUGGACUUGCACACAGGGCUAAGUUAGAUGACAACGCGAAGCUCUUGGAUUUCACCGAGAAGCUCGAAGAGGCCUGUGUUGGUACAGUUGAGUCCGGGAAGAUGACUAAAGAUCUUGCACUUAUCAUUCAUGGCUCAAAGCUCUCGAGAGACACUUACCUGAACACGGAGGAGUUCAUCGACGCGGUUGCGGAUGAGCUCAAAGCAAGACUCGGCGUUAAAGCUUGAGACCAAGUGUCUAUCUUGGUGGGGUUUGUGAGAGAACUGGUUUGGUAUUGGAAGGAAUAAAAAGAGAGAACUUUUGGUUAAGAUCAUGAAUUUUAUUGUGCAUUCCUUUUUCAUCGGUUCGAGUUUAUGGUGAUUAUCUUAAAAUUAUUGUAUGGUUUGAACUUCACGUAAACACAAGGAUGGAGAUGACAAAAUUCUGACAUGAAAACGAUAUGAACAUCUUUUAGGUUAAAUGUUGUUAAUUCAAAUAUUUAUAUUUCCAUUAGAACGGUGUAAAUUACACAUAACAUAAUGUUCUUUAUUUAGUUACAUUUAUAAAUUCUAAACAAUCAAAAGAGGAUCAUUUUUAAAAUAUGUCCAAAUUUUACUGUGGUAUUGACGAGCCAUGCCAUUAAAUUUGCUAGAAAAUUUCAUGAUUUCAUUAAGGAUAUUUUUGUUAUUACAAUUUAUAAGACUGAUAUAUUACUUGGUUUUAUUGCUGAAAAAAAGAUUAAUUAGAUUUAUCAGAAACCGAAAAGGUUGUAGUUUCAUCUUCGUAAUUGAAUGAAAGAUAAUUAUCAUAGAUGGUAUUUUCAAUAGCCACAAACUUGAGAUUCUUCUGGGUCCUCUGUAUUGCUUCCUUCAACUUAUGUGAGAUCCUGUGUAUCGGUUUCUGGGAUCGUCAACGGAAAUGAGAAGGAAGAUGAGGUCGGAUUUGUCGAUAUACAUCAUGGGUUCGUGGAAGGGCAAGACCUGAUUUUGCUACACAGAAGACUGGUCUGAGCGAACUUGGAUUGGGUAGAAGGAGUAGUGAGAGGUUGAAAAGAGGAGAAAGAAGGUAUGGCUAAGGCUAGGGAAGUGGAGGAACUGAGAGAGAGAGAGAGAGAGCAAGGGCAAAAGAGAUUAGCUUUGGUAAGAUGGAGACUGGAGUCGUAGAAGAAGAAGGAGAGAGUGGUUGUGUUGUUUGGUUUUUCAUUGAACACACAGACAAGAGCUUGUGCUGCCUCUCGGCCAUGGUGGGGGGAUGAGUUGCAAACUGCCGACCAAACUCAUGUUGUAGUUUAUGGUUCUUCUCUUGGCCGUGGCGGAGCUGUGUAGCUUCGAUCUCAAAAUCUGAUUCUCAUCUUUGAUCUCUCCAAGUUGUAUUGAAAUUGCAGAACGAUUAUGGUUUUAGGGAUUUUGCUUUGAUUCGAUUAAUAGAUACUUUAUCCGAUUUAUUGGCUGUGAUUUCCUUUUCUCACUUUUCAAAACUUUUCAAUAGAUUGGCUGAUUUGUGAUUAAGUUUCUCAAUUUCUGACUUUUUUGUUUGUUGUGAUUGCCCGGAGCUUUGAAACGAUGUUCUAUUUAUUUUCUAUUGAACUUACAUAGUUGGAGAUUAUAACUUUUUAUUAGUAGCAAAACAAUGUGGUUCAGUUUGGUAAUUUCUCAGUUUUUGGUUUGUGUUUUAGUUGGCAUUGUAAUUCAUUUCAUUGUCAGUAAUCUACUCCGAUUAGUAACACAUUUUUUAUAUCGUGGAAUGGCG